AUGUAUAUUUUUCUAAAAAAAUUUUUUAAUCAAAGUGUUGUUUGUAUAGCACCGAGAUAUACUUCUUCUAUAGCUUCAUUUAGCCGAUUACUUGGUCAAAUUGCAUCAGUUGCAUCACCAUAUAUGAUUGGACUAAUCGUUGUUAAAGGUACAAAACAAGAAUGGCAAUUUGCAUUUUGGGUAAUGGCUUUUAUUCUUAUAAGCACUGGUCUUUUAUUCCAAUUUUUUGGUUCAGGUUUACUUAAAUACAUUUUUCAAAAGAUCCUUAGACUUUAG